AUGGUGCAAUAUUCGAUAAACACUUUGGUGACAUCUAAAUGCAGUGUUUUGUGUGGAUCAAGUGAUUGGUCAAGGAGAAGUUACACCCAAGUUAGGGAGCUAUGUUCAAUUGUUGGGGCUCUGAGGGUGUGUCAUUGUGCGUAUUGUGUUAGAGGGGCCUCCUUUGCUGGGCCACUUAAGCCGUCCAGGCGCAGUGGUUUGAGGGUUCAAGCUGGAUGGCUAUUUAGAGGGAAUGAUAAGAGAUCAGAAUUGGAUGCGAGCAGUGAGCAUAGUGAGAGAGCCAAUGAGGAUAUUCUGAUGUUUUUCUUUGAGCUCGAUUUGGCCACUUGUAUACAGUAUGCUUUGGACUUGGAGCAGUAUGGAGUAGCCCAGCAACUGAGGAACAAGAUCUGAUCAUUGUGU